GCGUAAUGGGUGUCUUUGGCCUUCUUCUUGGCAACGCCGCUGUGCCGGCUCUCGUCCUCUUCCUCUGCUGGUGCAUCGUCCGGAGAGCCGCACUCUAUGCCAAACUUCGUAGCUUCGGAGGUCCUUGGUGGAGUGGCCUCACCCAUUGGCCUCACAGCAGAGCAAUCCUCAGUUCGAAUUGCCAUGAGUGGUACGCCGGAAUGAACGAAAGAUAUGGUCUCAUUACCCGCAUCGCACCUGGGAUCUUAAUCACGUCUUCAGCUGAAGUCUGGGCCCAUGUCAAUAGACAUCCUGGUUACAAGCGCUCCGACUGGUAUUACCACGCUUGGCGAAUCGAAUACCAGCGCGAUAACGUCUUCACCCAGACGGAUAACGAGAAACAUGAAAUGCGAAGGAGGCAAAUGGCGCCGGGAUACUCCGGUAGAGAGAAUCCAGACCUCGAACAUACAAUUGAUCAACGCCUUGAGGAGCUUCUUGGUCUUAUAAGAUCCAAAUAUCUCUCAACCGAUGGUAAAGUUACACCAAUGGAUUUGGCCAAAAAGGUACAGUACUUCACUCUCGAUGUCAUCAGCUCUGUCGGGCUUGGGAAACCGUUCGGCAUGCUGCGGACUGACAGCGACGUGGAUGAUUAUCUGAAAUCCACCGAGGAGGGAUUAUCUGCUGUUAGCAUGGCUUGUGCCAUCGGCAUCAGCUGGAUGGCUCAAUCACCCGUCAUUGGCAGAUUCAUAGCUCCUUCGCCCACUGACAACAACGGUUUUGGCAAAAUGAUUGCAGCAUGCUUUCGAUACGUUGAUGAUCGCACUGCCAAAUCGACGGAUGAAAGGUCGGACAUGCUUGCAUCAUUUGUACGCCAUGGACUAAGUGGUGAUGAGCUCAAGUCUGAGGCACUGGAGCAAAUCAUCGCAGGAUCAGAUACAACCGCUGCUGCCAUACGAGGAACGCUCUUGCAAAUAAUGACGAAUCCCAGGGUUUACGCGAAGCUGCAGCAUGAGAUUGACGACGCAGUCCACAAUGGAAAUGCUCCAAAGCUCGGCGAGGGAAUAAUCACUCUGGGGCAAGCAAAGAAACUCCCGUAUCUGCAAGCAGUCAUCCGAGAGUCUCUGAGAGUCAGGCCGCCAGUCCUCAAUAUCUUUUCUCGAGACGUCCCUCUUGGAGGUGAUACUAUUGAGGUGAAAGGUGAAACUUACUUUUUACCCGGUGGUGUCUGUGUCGGUUAUUCGGGAUACGCAAUGCAUCGCAGCCAAGCAACAUACGGCGUUGAUUCUACGGCAUUCCGGCCAGAGAGGUGGUUUGAAGCAGAUCCAGAUAAGCUUGCCUCGAUGAUUCAAACCAACGACCUGAUUUUUGGCCACGGCAAGUUCAUGUGUCUUGGGAGACCCGUGGCUCAGAUGGAACUUUCGAAGACUAUUUUUGAGAUGCUGCGGAAUUUUGAGCUGGCGUCAAACAAUCCUGUGCGUCCGUGGCGGGCAAAGAAUUGCAUGGGCUUAUUCGUAAUAUCGGAUAUGUGGGUCCAAGUGACGGAAAGGGCCUGACCGGUGAAUGUAGAAAAGGAGGACGACUUUGAUUAGUCCUCAGUCGCUUUCUGGACAUUCUCUCGUUCUGUGAUCCUUCUGGAAAGGAGUAAGCAACCUUUUCUGUCAUUGGACAUGUUUCAUGUUUGGCAAUACCUUGGCGACUCGACUUCCUUUCUUUGGAUGUCUCUCUGACAUGGG